GGCGGGAGGCAGAGGAAGAAAAAGCAGCUCAGGAGUUACUAUGUGAGCAGAGCUCUGGCAGCCAGUCUGCAUUUAGCGAGGAAUUCUCCUCAGAAACCGGAGUAAAACAGAACCGUUCCCAGUAAGCAAAAUGAAAACCAAGAUGUAGCAGUGCUCCGAAUGAAGAAAUGUGAAUUCUCCUCCAGGACAAAGAUCUGUGGAUGAACUUUUUGAAAAUUCCUGCUUGAGCUUCCCUCAACGUCCACAUUUACUUCCUUUACAUCCUUUACAAAAAGAAACAAGUGGAAAUGAGGAAGAGACACUUAAGGGUGGGUCAGCAAAUGUGGGCUCUUUUCUGCAAGAACUGGCUCAAGAAAUGCAGGAUGAGAAGAGAAACGGCGAUGGAAUGGUUUUUCUCGUUUCUUCUAAUAUUUCUUGCAUACCGAUUAUCCUCCAAUUUACAUCAAGUUCAUGAUGCUCCUCAAAUUCCUGAAAUGGAUCUGGGACGUGUCGAUAAUUUUAAUGAUUCUAAUUAUAUUAUUGCCUUUGCUCCUGAGUCUAAAACUAUCUACGACAUAAUGAGCAUAGUGGCAUCAACUCCAUUCAUGAAAGGAAGAAGAAUCGUGGCAUGUCCUGAUGAAAAAAGUAUGGACGAACUAGAUUUAAAUUACUCAAUGGAUGCGGUGAGAAUCAUCUUUAAGGACACAUUCUCAUAUCAUUUGAAAUUUUCUUGGGGUCAUAGGAUCCCUCCAAUAAAAGAACACAAAGACCAUUCAGCUCCUUGUGAAAUAGUGAACAACAAAACAACUUGUAGAAAUUCAGUCUUCUGGGAGAAAGGUUUUGUAGCCUUUCAAGCAGCCAUUAAUGCUGGCAUCAUAGAGAUCACAACAAAUCAUUCAGUGAUGGAGGAACUGAUGUCAAUUAUUGGUUCAAAUAUGAAGAUACUACCUUUUAUUGCCCAAGGAGGAGUUACAACUGAUUUUUUAAUUUUCUUCUGUGUUAUAUCCUUUUCUUCAUUUAUAUACUAUUUAUCAGUCAACAUUACCCAAGAAAGGCAAUACAUUACAAUACUAAUGACAACGAUGGGACUUCGAGAGUCUGCUUUCUGGUUUUCCUGGGGUUUGAUGUAUGCUGGCUUUAUCUUUGUCGUGGCUACUUUGAUGUCUCUGAUUCUGAAAUCUGCCCAAAUUGUCGUCUUAACUGGUUUCAUGGUGGUGUUCCUUCUUUUUCUCCUGUAUGGCCUGUCUUUGAUCACUUUAGCUUUCCUCAUGAGUGUGUUGUUGAAGAAACCCUUUCUCACUGGUUUGGCUGUCUUCCUCCUUACUGUCUUUUGGGGAAGUCUAGGAUUUACAGCAUUGUACAAACAUCUUCCUGCCUUUAUGGAAUGGACCUUGUGUUUUCUUAGCCCCUUUGCCUUUACUGCUGGAAUGGCCCAGCUUAUACAUUUGGACUACGAUGUGAAUUCUGUUAAUUUGAACUCUCCAAGCAACUCAUACCUUAUCAUAGCCACCCUUUUCAUGUUGGUUUUGGAUGCUCUUCUCUAUUUGGUUCUGGCAUUGUAUUUUGACAAAAUUUUACUCAGUAAGUAUGGACAUCAACAUUCUCCAUUGUUUUUCCUGAAGUCGUCUUAUUGGUUUCAACACAGAGGAGCUAAUCAUGUGGUCCUUGAGAAUGAAAUAGAUUCUGAUCCUUCACUGAAUGACUCAUUUGAACCAGUGCCUCCAGAAUUCCAGGGGAAAGAAGCCAUCAGGAUCAAAAAUCUUAAAAAAGAAUAUACGGGAAAACAUGGAAAAUUCGAAGCUUUAAGAGGUCUGGGGUUUGACAUAUAUGAAGGCCAGAUCACUGCCCUCCUUGGCCACAGUGGAGCUGGGAAAACCACACUGAUAAAUAUACUCUGUGGACUGUCACCCUCAACUACAGGUUCUGUCACCAUCUAUAAUCAGACACUUUCAGAAAUGGAUGACUUUGAUGCUGUCAUCAAGCUCACUGGCGUUUGUCCACAAUCCAAUAUACAAUUUGGUUUUCUCACUGUGAGAGAAAAUCUCAGGCUUUUUGCUAAAAUAAAGGGAAUUCUUCCACAUGAAGUGGAACAAGAGGUACAACGAGUAUUACAGGAAUUAGAAAUGGAAAAUAUUCAAGACAUUCUUGCUCAGAAUUUAAGUGGCGGACAAAAACGGAAACUGACUUUUGGGAUUGCCAUUUUAGGAGACCCUCAGGUUUUGCUGCUGGAUGAACCAACUGCUGGGUUGGAUCCAUUUUCAAGGCAUCGCAUAUGGAACCUACUGAAAGAGAGGAAACUGGACAGAGUAAUUGUGUUUAGUACCCAGUUCAUGGAUGAGGCUGAUAUUCUGGCUGACAGGAAGGUGUUUAUAUCCAAUGGGAGACUGAGGUGUGCAGGCUCUUCUCUGUUCCUGAAGAAGAAAUGGGGCAUUGGCUAUCAUCUAAGUUUGCAUCUGAAUGAAAUAUGUGAUCGAGAGAGUAUAACUUCACUGGUCAAAAAGCAUAUCCCUGACGCCAGGCUGACCACACAAAGUGAAGAAAGACUCAUCUAUAUCUUGCCCCUGGAAAGGACGAACAAAUUUCCAGACCUUUACAGGGAUCUUGAUAGGUGUUCUAGCCAAGGCAUUGAGAAUUAUGGUGUUUCCAUGACAACUCUGAACGAAGUAUUCCUGAAAUUAGAAGGGAAGUCAAUGACUGAUGAAUCAGAUGUUGGGAUCUCUGGGCACUUACAAAGCCAAGGGGAAAAAGAUGUGGGAAGCCUUGUUGAGCUGGAGAGAGUGUUGUCCUCCUUAGAUUCGUCAGGAAACACAGUGAGCGGCAUGGCGCUGUGGAGGCAGCAGCUCUGUGCAGUUGCAAAGAUUCGCUUCCUCAAGCUCAAGAAUGAAAGAAAAAGCCUGAUGACCAUGCUAUUGCUUUUUGGUAUUAGCUUUCUUCCCCAACUUUUGGAGCAUCUGUUCUAUGAGCUAUACCAUGAAAGUUACUCAUGGGGACUGUCUCCAAGUAUGUAUUUCCUUUCACCAGGACAGCCACCACAGGAUCCUCUGACCCACCUACUGGUCAUCAAUAAAACAGGUUCAAGCAUUGAUAAGUUUGUAAACUCACUAAGACAGCAGAACAUAGCAUUAGACAUGGAUGUCCUGGGGACAAGAAAUGGCAUAGAAGAGGCACUAUACAAUGGCGCUAUCACUGUGUUGGGUGAUGAAAAGGAUCUCAGAUUUUCAAUAGCAUGUAAUACCAAAAGACUAAACUGCUUUCCAGUCCUCAUGGAUAUUAUUAGCAACGGGCUGCUUGGAAUCUUUAAUUCUUCAGAACGCAUCCAGACUGACAGAAGCACGUUUUUUGAAGAACAUAUGUUUUAUGAGCACGGAUACAUGAGCAAUGCGUUCUUCUGGAUACCAUUGGCUGCCAGUCUCACUCCUUACAUCGCGAUGAGCAGCAUCAGCGACUACAAAAAAAAAAUUCUUUCCCAGCUGUGGGUCUCAGGCCUAUACCCUUCCGCUUACUGGUGUGGACAGGCUCUGGUGGACAUCCCCCUGUACUUUCUGAUUCUCCUUCUCAUGCAAAUAAUGGACUGUGUUUUUAGCCAGGAGGAGAUUAUAUUUAUAAUUGAAAACCUGUUAAUUCAGAUCCUGUGUAGCAUUGGCUAUGCAUCAUCUCUUGUUUUCUUGACAUAUAUAAUUUCAUUCAUUUUCCGUAAUGGUAGAAAAAAUAGUGGCAUUUGGUCGUUUUUCUUCUUGAUUGUCACCAUCUUCUCCUUAGUUGCUACUGACAUGAAUGAGUAUGGGUUUCUAGGGCUCCUAAUCUGCAGCUUUUUAAUACCACCCUUCACACUGAUUGGCUCUCUAUUAAUUUUUUCUGAGAUUUCUUAUGACUCUGUGGACUACGUAGGAGCCUCAGAAUCUCAAGUCAUACCUCUGGCAUUACUGAUACCUUAUUUCCAUUUUCUCCUUUUCUUUUUUGUCCUGCGAUGUCUGGAAAGGUACCUCAGGAAGAAGUCACUGAGAAUGGACCCUGUGUUCAGAAUCUCUCCAAGAAGCUGUAAUGCUUUCCCUAACCCAGAAGAGCCUGGAGAAGAGGAUGAAGAUGUUCAUAUGGAAAGAAUGAGGACAGCAGGUGCCGUGGCUGCCCUACAGAUAGAUGAGAGACCAGUCAUCAUUGCUAGCUGUCUGCGGAAGGAAUAUACGGGCAAAAAGAAAAAAUGCUUUUCCAAAGCAAAGAAAAAGAUUGCCACAAGGAACGUCUCCUUCUGUGUUAAAAAAGGUGAAGUUCUAGGGCUUUUAGGACACAAUGGAGCUGGUAAAAGUACAACAAUUAAUAUGAUAACGGGAGACACAAAACCAACUGCUGGGCAGGCCAAAUUAGAUAAACGGUGGACAGAAACCAGAGUACGACUUCAGAGAAACAUGCCAUAGCCAUUUGAUCUGAGGUUAAGAUCAGAGGGAAGGUUAAGGAAGGACUGCUGUACACGGGACUGAUUGCUGUACAUGAAUUGUCUUUUUGUUCUACUCUUCCCUGAUGCGACCACUGGAGAAGGCCUUUAAAACUGCAAAUGAAGCACGUCCACUCUCCUGAUUACAAACGCUUACUGUAGUGAUCCAAACUCUGCCAUGGCUGCAGAUGGCUCAACACAAUGUGGUCUGUGCCAACUGCCUUUCUUCCUCCCUGCCUCUUGGAUUUGCCCUUGAUCUUUCCACUGUAGGGUAUGUGGGCUUGAACUCCCAGUGGACAGAGUGAAAUCCAGGUGCUUGACUAUCUUGUUAGUAUCACUCUAAGUUCCACUUGCUCAAAGGGCCUUUUAUUGCCUGAGCUAUCCACUUCAUCAACUUAUAUACAAGAUGUGUGUAUUUUCGCCAGGCGGUGGUGGCACACGCCUUUAAUCCCAGCACUCGGGAGGCAGAGGCAGGCGGAUCUCUGUGAGUUCGAGGCCAGGCUAGACAGACAGCCUCCAAAACAAUACAGAGAAACCCUGUCUCAAAAAACCAAAAAUAAAAAAAUAAAAAAAGAUGUGUGUAUUUUCAUGGACGCAUUAAGCAGAGGCUUUCAGCAUUCCCCUUAUUUUUCAACUUAAUUUGUUUUCUGGUUUCUCUCUAGAAUGAUAGUUCUUCAAAGCCAAGUUAAUCCUCUCUCUCUCUGUCUCUGUCUGUCUGUCUCUCUGUCUUUGUAUCUCUCUCUCUGUCUCUGUCUCUCUCUCUCGUACCAGGGAGAGAUAAUAACAGAGAAUCAAGGUCAAGGGCUUAGGUUAAUUUCUUAACCCUUGAAUGCAUUAGAUUCACAUAUCUAAUAGGGACACAGCUAACUGAAGCAAUUUUUGAGGACAACAUAAUUUAAGAUCUAUUAAAAGCUUAAUUUCCAGUACUUGUGAUCACUGAGUACACAGUAGCUGUUAUAUACAGCACAAUGCUGGUCUCAUCAAAAUAAUAAAUACUUCCAUUUUAUUGGUUCUCAAGUAGGAUUUUCCUCUGUUAGUUGCUUCAGGCCACUCGACUUUAGAUCUAAUGGCAUUAUGAAUAAAUGUGUGUACAGAGCAUUUAACAGUGUCUCUGGCUGUUACCCACUAGAUGCCAGUUGUAUCCUUUCCAGCACAGAAGUGAACACAAAUGUGAUAAGUAACUGUGUAUGUGUCCAGAGAGUGUGAGAUGCACCCUGAGGACUGCUCGUUACUGAAAACCACUGGAGAGGCAGUGCUUACCAAAUAUCCAUUGUUUUGAACAUUUGGAUCAGCGAAGGAACUCAGGAAAUCUUAAUUUGAACUGUGGUGGUGGAUUUUGCCAUGAAGUGUAAACUAGUAAUGUGAAUAUUUGCCAUUUAAAUUAUGGAUAGAUUCAUCUCUUCCCCAGACCUAAAUGAUUACUUAACUCUUUAAACAUUUAAUGGAUUUUGUCUGAACUUCAUACAUGAGCACUUCAUAUACAUCAUUCUUCCCCCUUCCUCCACCUCUCCAACUCCUCCCAUGUUCCACCCCUACCUCUCAAACUCAUGGUCUCUCCUUCAAUUAUCAUUGCUACAUGUAUGUGCAUACACACAUAUAUAUGCAAAUAUAUGUAUAUAUAGAGAGAGACAUAUAUGUACAAGCUACUGAGUCUGCAUGGCAUUGAUCACAUAAGCAUAUAUCAGACCUGACCAAUUAGGUUUAGACAAGCUGUGUGGGGAGCUCAUCCCUGGAGGAAACGGAUUCUUUCUCUCUCAGCAGCCAUUAACAAGCUCUAGAUCAUCAUCUGGUGUCUGGGUCUGUGUGGAAUUUCUCCUAUCUGGCUUGGCAUGUCAACUGGUGUUGUCAAAACAUGGUCAUGUUCAAGCAGUCAUGCUUUUACUAUUAUGCUCUUAGUACUCAGGUGCAUGAAGAAAACAUCAUUUAGUAUCACUUACACACACACACACAUGCAUACACACACUCACACACAGUCUUGGAUAGAAUCUGAGAAAGGUUUUAUUGU